AUGCCGUUCAAACACCACUAUCAACACGGCCGCCACAAGGGCGAAGUGGCCGUGUACAAGAUGCUCAAACUUCCCAUCAGCGGCGACCCCACGAGCUCCGGCCUACCCCCAAACCACGCCGUCCGCACCAUGGAAUCCCCCCUGAUAGCAUUAGGAACGCUCGACAACAAAGGCCGGCCGUGGACGACCAUCUGGGGCGGAGAGCUCGGCUGCGCAAAGCCCAUGGCAGAAGACGUGCUGAGGAUCGACAGCAAAGUAGACACACGCCAUGAUCCUGUCUUCAAUGCCCUGUUUGGAGGAGGUGGUGGUAACCGUGCCAACAAGACUGGAAGUGCGAUACUCCCCCCGGAUGGCGAGGAGGGCAAGAUGAUGGCUGCGUUGGCCAUCGAUUUGGAGGGACAGGACCGUGUGAAGCUCAUGGGCAAGAUGCUCGUGGGUGUGCGGAACAGGGACGGGAGCGUUGGCAUCGCCAUGGACGUUAAAGAGAGCCUCGGCAAUUGUCCCAAAUACCUCAACAGGAAGGAGAUUGUGCCAAGCAAGAUGCAUCCCGUCCUGAUGCGCCAAGGACUUCCAUUGCCGCAGGAAGCCGUCAAGUUGAUCGGCGAAGCCGACACGUUCUUUGUGUCGACGACAAACGGGGAGUCGAUGGAUACGAACAACAGAGGCGGUCCACCUGGCUUCAUGAGGAUCAUUCAGAACAGCGAAGAGGGAGUUGCCUUGGUGUACCCAGAGUGUGAUGUUUCCGUCAUUGCAGUCUCUGGGAACAGACUGUAUCAAAGCCUGGGAAAUCUCAAAGUCAACCCACUGAUCGGGAUUGUCAUUCCUGACUUUGCGACUUCCGAUGUCCUGUACCUCACUGGUUCUGCAACCAUCCUAUCAGGCAAAGACGCCUCCGACGUGUUGACUCGAACAACACUGGCCGUCAAAAUCAACGUCACAGAGGCGAGGUUUGUCAAGUCUGGCCUUCCGUUUCGUGGUAUCCCCAUAGAAUACUCUCCGUAUAACCCUCCCCCACGAUAUCUCGUCGCCGAACAAAAUGAAGGGCUUGGAGGCGCCUCCCAUAGCGGCACCAGCCUCUCUGCUCAUUUCGUAUCUCGGGAAGCCCUCACACCGACCAUUAGUCGCUUCACAUUCAGGCUCCUCUCCCAGGAGCCACUUCCAACCUGGAAAGCCGGACAGUACAUCACGCUGGAUUUUGCGCCGCACCUGGACCGAGGAUGGUCUCACAUGAGAGACCACGAUCCCCAGAGCCUCAAUGACGACUUCAUUCGGACCUUUACUGUUUCCAGCGUUCCAGAGGCGGAUGAGCUUCAAAUCACAGCCAAGAAGCACGGCCCUGCCACGCGUUUCCUCUGGAGACAUGAAACCGGUGACCCCUUGAAGCUAUCUGUACUAGGGUUCGGCGGACAGGAGUCCUUUCGCAUGCCCGUCCGGAAAGCUUCCGCAGAGCCAUCGCGAUCCGUCUUUAUCGCAGCGGGCGUGGGUAUAACACCGCUGCUCGCUCAAGCUCCGGCACUCCUCGGUGCGAAUGCGGACUUUCAUGUUCUCUGGAGUCUUCGCGGGGAGGACUUGGGACUGGCAAUCGACUCGUUUCAGAGGAUUGAGGGGUUAACUGCAGUGACUAAGCUCUUCGUUACUGGAGAUGACUUCGACGUCGAACUGAUGAGGCGAAUUCAGAAUAUGGAUUCGGCGAUAGAGCUUCGGCGGAUGUGCCUUGAUGAUGUCGAACCGUUCAAGGGAUCAGGGCAGGGGUUCUUUGUCUGCACGGCUCCCACGCUGCUGCGGAAGGUGAAUUGCUGGUUGACGGGAGAGCGCGUUGUGUGGGAGGAUUUCGGCUAUUGA